AAAUUCAAAUUUGAACAGUAGUUGUUUUGUGCAGUGCAGACUGCGGAGAGAAGAGCAACCGAGAAGAGAGAAGAGAAGCUGAGAGCCGCUCAGCUCGCCUCAUUACGUCCUUUUUGUGUGUAUACAGUGGUGUACAAGACUUUUAAAAUACCCACUUGUUGAAAUAUUGCUCAAGUAAGGAAAAACUGUCAAAAUGGAUCCAUUUACUGAGAAACUGCUGGAGCGGACUCGGGCUCGCAGAGAAAACCUGCAGAAGAAAAUGGCAGAGAGACCAAAUGCCGCAAACAGACCAAUGGUCAAAAGGCCACUGGCUGACACCAAUAGUGUGAUCAGUGAGCCAGUCAUUGAUAAAGUUCCCCAGGUGUCCUCCAAGCCUUCUCCUUCCAAGCGCAGGUGCUCAGAGGAAAAUGUUCAGGCUGCACCUGGCGAGGAGAACCAGGAGCCAAUGAUGACUCGACCAGUGGCCCCCAGACUACCAGAUCCUCCCACAGACAAGAAACCACCAGUGGGCCCUGCCAGCGUCCGAACCUCCUCCUCCCUGGAGAAGGCUGCUACCCAGCCUGCUGUCCAGUCUCAACCAGAGCCAGAAAAGAUGACUGUCACCCCUGCUCCAGAUCCUCCAAGCAGCAGAGAAGCAGAGAUGAUGUCUGCCAGAUCAGCCCUGCGGAGUAACAAGGAAGACCUGAUGGAGGAUGCAACUCCAUCUGCUGCUGGCAUGAGGUCUCGUCUGCACAGACUAGCAGAGCAGAGAAAGUGUUGGGAUGGUGAUGACACCUCCGAUGCAGUUGAAAACUACACUCCCUUGUCCCUGUUGAAGAGAGAUGCUGAGGUCCCAUCAGCCACUGUCCACACAGUGUCCUCAGAAACUCCAGUGGGAAGGAGAGGUAGAUUGGCCAACCUCGCUGCCACCAUUGGAUCCUGGGAAGACGACCUAAGCCAUGCGAAAAUUCACAGCGAGAAUGCAAAAGAAAAGCCUGGCACAGCUGUUCCCAAAUUAGGAGUCAGAGAUGACACAGUGGCUGCCAGCCGUGUGGUGGCCAGUUCAACUGCAAGUAGCAAGACCACACCCACCUUUAAUCAGGCUGCAUAUUCUCCAGGAAAGUCCAGCCGAGUGGUUCUCCCAAGCCCUCAGAAAGCUGACGUUCCUGCAACCGGGCCAGCACUUAAGUCAGUAAGCAGUCCUCAGAAAAGCUCCAUUCAGGGAACAACGUUCCCAUCCAGUCCUCAGAAGGCCAGCACCUCUUCCUCAUCAGUGCCCCCAAGUCCCCUGAAGAAUCAGCCCCUCUCCAGGGGUCUCAACCCCACUUCCAGCCCUCAGAAGCCAGAACUCUGUGCCAAGCCCAACAUUGCUGGCCACUCUGUCCCCCAGGACAAGGCCACUGCUGGAGCACCUAGUGUAAAGUCUUUCCUGGAGCGCUUUGGAGAGAGGUGCCAGGAGCGUACCAACCAGAGCUCCCCAGCAGGGGGCGUUAAUCAUGCCAACAUUGCCCCUGGAACUCCAUCAUCAGUCACACCAAACACCAGACUGGUACAGGAAAGGCUCAGAGCUGUCCAAGCUGCAAACACAACCACUGCCGAUCUCACCCUGAAACAGAAACUGGAGCGAGAGUCAGAGCUGGCUCAGAUUCGUAGCCGCUUUCAGAAGGGAAACAAUAUGUGGAAAAACAAAGAUGAAGCAGCAGAAACCAGUAAACACACAGACACCAAGGAACAGCUUAACAACCCUGUGGAGGUUGAAGUUUCCCCAUGGCCACAAGAUGAACCCACAGCACCUUCUGCUGAGAGUACAGAUACUCCCACAAAGUGCACUCCUCCAGGUCAUGAGUUGAUGGUCUCUCCUCCGGCCUCAACAUCCAGUCCUCUGAAGAUGGUUGCCAAUACUGUAGAGAAACCAGCUGAUGAAACCCCAGAUGACGAGGAGGUGGUUAAGGAGAUUGAGAUGAAUGUGGACCAGUCCAUCAACUCUGCAGUUAUCAACGGGCUGUUUGAUGGAAUCCUGGAGCAGAGUGAAGAUCAGAGUGAUGAGGAGGGGGAAGAUGCUUUGAAUAUCUCCUCCAUGUCCCUCCUCACUCCACUAGCAGAGACUGUGGCUGCUGUUGUAAAGAGUCCAGAAAGAAGAAUGAUGACGUCAACUCCAGCCACCUCAUUCAUCAUAAAGAGCAAUACUCCGGACAGUACCAAACCUAGCAAGUUCCAGAGAACCAACAUGAUACGGACUGCCUCCUCAGACAGCAUUGAGGCUUCAGAUGAGGACCACAAGUUGCCAUAUAGCAUUGAUGCAUAUAGGUCCACCAGGGUGAAAGAGAUCGAGAGACCCAAUGUGAAACAGGUGAUUGUGAGAAAAGAGGAUGUUUCUCACAGAGUGGAGGAAACCAGAGGAUCCGGUCUCUUCAGUGUCAAGCAGAAGAUGAAGAUUCUGACAAAUGAGAUGAACCUCCAGCAGACAGUUAUUCAUCAGGCCAGCCAGGCACUUAACUGCUGCACAGAUGAAGAGCAUGGCAAAGGAUCCCAGGUGGAGGCUGAGGCACAGAGAUUGCUACUGGUGGCAACGGAGAGGAGGGAAGCAUUGAAGGCAGAGCUGGAUCGCCUGAAAGGAGACCCAACAGGCCAGAAAAGGGCCCCUGCAGCGCCAGAACCUACAGCCGUGUCUGCCUCCAAGGGCUCCAUCACCCUGCAGGAGUUACGCCUGCCUCUCAAAGCAGACUUUGUUUGCUCCACUGCUAACAAGCCAGAGGCAACCAAGUAUUCCUUCUUCGUCAUGAUUCGUGCUGGAGCAGAGAACACUGUGGCCACACCAUUAGCCAGCACACACCGCGGCCUGAGUGGAGACACCCUCACCUUCCCCACCAAGUUCACCAUAUCUGAUGUCUCCAGUAACUUUGAAAUUGAUAUCGAGGUCUAUGGUCUGGUGCAGAAGCGUGAGGUCUGCAGUGACAAGAAGAAGAAACCCAGCAAGUCAAAGAUGAUAUGGAGGCAGGUUCAUGAGGCCCAUGAUUUGUGUAUGUCGGCUAUCACUCCAAAGAGGUUCCUUGCCAUCACUAAAAGUGCCCAGACACCAGUUGUGGCCAGUCCAGGGGGCCCUAAUGCUGUUCGCACCAGUAACUUCAUUCUGGUUGGAUCACACAAGCUCAAUCUGUCGUCUAUUGGGAAAAACAAAUUUCCCUUGGAGAAGAUGAAAUAUGAAGGAGAACUACUCAGUGGCAUGUUUCAGACCAAGGUUCCGUUUUUGUGCCCUCUGGAGGGCCACAUCUACCUCAAGAUGCAGUGUGAAGUUGGCUCAAAGGUGGAGGAGAAGGGCUUCCUGACAAUGUUCGAAGAUGUUAGCGGAUUUGGAGCCUGGCACAGGAGGUGGUGUGUCCUGUCAGGAUACUGCAUCUCAUACUGGACUUACCCAGACGAUGAGAAGCGAAAGAAUCCCAUUGGUCGCAUCAACCUGGCCAACUGCACCAGUCACAAGGUGGAACCAGCCAACAGAGAAUUCUGUGCCAGACCCAACACAUUUGAGCUCAUCACAGUCCGACCACAAAGAGACGAUGACAAAGAGACACUCGUCAGUCAGUGCCAGAAUACAAUGUGUGUCACCAAAAACUGGCUGAGCGCAGACACUAAGGAUGAGAGGAAUCUGUGGAUGAAGAAACUGAACCAAAUUCUGAUGGAUUUGCGUAUGUGGCAACCAGACUCCUGUUACAGGCCACAGUGAUUACUGCACUCUGUCAAAGUCAGCCAUGCUGUUAUUUGGACUGUCAAUAUCAAUGACACAUGCAGUUACUAAGUGCAAUACAUUAUAAGAGUUGUUAAAGAUUUCCAUUUGGAGAUGUUUCACAGGAGAAUAAGUAAGCAAACAUACAAGUUAAGGAUCAGAGGAAAGUAAAUAAAGCCAUAAAUUUGAAACAUUUCAGUACGGUGUUUCGUGUAGGAGGUGUGGAGGUUUGGCACUAUAUUUUAUACAUUUCUAGACUGGUUUGAUAUCUAAUGUUUUGGGGGUAUUGUUGAGUUGUCACAUUAUGUUAAUGCCAAUCUUCAGUGCUCAUGGCAUAUAAUGCAUGGCUUUAAAUUAUCUGGUUUCAGUGCUCAACAUAAUAUAUACGCGGUGUUGAAAUUGCAGAUGAAUAUUGAUUUGAAGCACACCAGUUUUAUUACAUUUUAUCCUGCAUGACAGCACAGAACUAUACUGAAUGAUACCUUUUGAGAAGUUUUUACUUUAUAUAUUAGCUUUUAUAACUUGUCGCAGGACAUUCAUGUGCUUUUGCUUAAUUGCCGUGCUCAAGUCUUUGAUAGGCACACCCCAGAUUUUAUUGUAUUUGUAAUGUUUGUUCAGUGUUCAUUUAAUUAUUAGUGUGUGGAAGUGGAAGAUGGAUAACUGAGGCUAAGGUCUGUUACAUAUUCUACUUUAAACCGAUAUUGAUGUGUGGGAUCAAAAAUCAGUAACAUUUUGGCCAGUAUGUUUUUCAUAUACCAAACGAAAAAUGUUUUUUUAUAAGGAUCCAAUUUUUGAUAUUACAGACUUGUAACCAACAAAUCAAAAAAAAAUUAAAAGUUGUCAAUCACUCUGAUGGACAAUCUAUGUAACAGUGAUGCUGUAAAUGACCAUAAACACACCUUUUCUUUCUGUUUUUAUUCUGUCUGGAUUUUUUUUUUUAUUUUUAAAGACACAGCUCACCUACACAGAGGAGGCUAUUUAGUUCUGUCUGUGUAGCAAUGGGCACUGAGAGUUGUGUUCUGUUAGCCUACAUUGUUACUGGCUACAAACGCAGCUUUGUCAGGCUUGUGUAUCCUGUGUAAAGAAGCAUAUGUGACAGACUUUACAGUGAAGCUGCAGGUGUUGGUGAACAGAUUUCAGAUUGUCAGGUUGAGGUAAAAGACGGUGCUUUUUCAUCAUGUUUAUAAUGAAUACAAACUCACCAAAUUAGUUAAGAUGAAUUAAUUUUGCACACUUUAUGCUUUUCUUUUCAUUAGGAUGAGUGUAAGUGAGCAGGGAAUAUGUUAGUAGUUUCAACUUCCUUACUUCAAGAGACUUUUGUCAGCUUGUUCAGGUAUUUGUGGAUCACUGAGACUUCAAUAAAUACCUAUUUUGACCAAAUUG